CAAAGAUGGCUGCUCGAGUGUUGAGGCGUGCGAUACACCAGCAGGUUUAUCUGCAAAAAUUGUUAUCUAGCAAUAUACGCAUAUGUCGUUCAAAUGUAAGACUGAUCAGCACGGCUAACAGACUAUUAUCAGACAAACUUUUCUCUGACAAGCAUGAAUGGGUAACAGUAAAUAACAAUGUUGGAACGGUUGGAAUAUCGGACUAUGCCCAGGAUAAAUUAGGAGAAGUAGUUUUUGCACAGCUUCCCGAAGAGGGUACAGAAUUGGAGAAAGAUGAUGAGAUAGGUGUAUUGGAGAGUGUGAAGGCGGCUAGCGAGAUCUACACACCUGUAUCUGGUGUUGUGGUCUCUAGUAAUCAAGCAGUAGAGGACGAUCCAACCCUUGUUAACAAGUCAUGCUACAAUGAAGGUUGGCUGUUCAAACUGGAGUUAACAAACAGUUCAGAGCUAGAGGGAUUGAUGUCUGAAGAGGAUUAUAACACCUUCUUAAAGACACUAGAAUGAGUGUGACAAAUGAUUGUUGAUCUGCCUCCCACUGUAUAGCUAUUUCCCCGGGUGUUAGAUUUUACUGUUGUCAUUUUAUGCAGGAUUUUUGUUGUGUAUGAACUGUGAAGGAAUGAGUGCUUUCAGAAUAAUUAUUCUAAGUAAAUUUUAACUUUAAAGAAUAAGAAACAUCCACAUGAAACAGAAUCUGUUAUGUAAUCAACACAUGUAUUUAUAAAUAUAUCAGAAUUAUCCCUAUCAAAUUUAUUUGAUUUUGUUCUACAGAUCUGAAAUCAUUUAUAAUUCAAAUAAUAUGGUCAGGCUAAUUUCUGGAAACUUGCAGUUGUGUAAUUGAAUAAUAUUUCUCUGGUUUGAUAUGUAAACAUGAAAAUUAAGCAGUGCAAAUAGUUUUCUGGGGCUAUCUGCUUAUUUUCAUAAGAAAAAUAUGUUCUUUCUUACUUCUUGGAAUAUAUUGGGAGGGUUGUGAUUGAAACAAAUAACUGAAAUUUUUAAAUCAAAUUAAGACAUGUUUGAAUAAAUGCAGUCAUUUGACCUGAAAUCACAAUCUGCCAAGAAUUUGUUCAGAUUUAACAUAUUUGUAUGUAAUUAUAUAUACAUAGUAAUUUUCUAAAUAGUGACUGUAAGAAAGUAAAAAAAAAAUUGCAUUUUGUCUUACUUCUAGCAUUUGAAAAGAUAUCAGGUGAGAAUUUUACUUAAAAUAUUAACUAGAAAAGACAAUGGUUCAUAUAAAAACUUUAUGAUCAGAUUUGAAAACAUCUACAUGUAUAUCCACAAAUACUCAGGAAAUGUAGAUAUUACACUCUUUGAUGCAGUUGUUUGAAUCUCAGGAAGUACACUAAAGAUAAGAAUAUUUCUUUGCUUAAAUGUUGAAUCUCAGAAGUCUUCUUCAGUAAAAAACAAUAACUAAAACCUUAUCUAUUUGUAGAAAUCACAAUAUCAGGUCAUGUGAACUGGAUUGAAAUAAUUCACAUAAAAAAUGCUGUACAUAUUUGAAAUUAACAUCAAUCACCUGCCUUUAGCCUAUUAGAGCUUAACUUAAGCAUUAGAACAUUUUUUGUGACUAGGGUCUAAUCAUUUUAUUAACAUGUUAAACCUUAAAUGCUGGCCACUUAUCUUGGUUCCUAAUGCUUAUCUCUGGAACAUUGAGUUUGAAAUGAAUGGUCAAUUCCUACCUUUGUGACAUACAUAAUUCCCUUCAUUUGUCAGUGGUGUUCAUACAUGUUUAUAUGUAGGUUAGUACACAAUAGAAAGAGACACAAAGAAUUCAGAGUUUAUUGGUACAUGUUUGACAAGCAAAUCUAAAAACUGUAAAUUUUAUUUCUGUAUGUUAGUUGCCACCCGUACAAUGAUAAAGAUAGAUGUAUGAUAACAUUCUGAAGAACCUAUGGAAACCUUAAACUUACCAAGGCCAUGGAGGUUUGAUCUCCAGAUCAGACAUGAAAAGUUGAUUCAGAACUUUAAUAAAAUUAAUAGUGUUUAAUCUUGCCUCUUUAAAGAAAAGAGUCCAUGAUGUAAAAGUUGUUUAUCUUUUGGGAUUCUUUAUCACUAUUGUUGACAUAGAAGCUGUGUUGGAGGAAAACUGGUUCUAGAGAAUUUGUAACAAGUGAACCAAAUUCUGAUAACUUACUGCUUGUGGAGGCCACGGUCAUCCAUCUGCAUUCCUUAUCAUCUCACUUUUCAGUCUCCGUAUUUAUCAUAGUAGAAUUCCGAUGUAAUAUUACAUCAAGAUAUGGACUUGUUUUUUCUGUAUGAAACUGAGGUAACAGAUGUACUUGUAGAAAGUUUUUUUUUUUAAAGAUAUUGGAAUAUGAUACCAAAGCUAUACACAAGAUGAAUGCAUAUAUUGGACUGUGACAUUGUGAGGUCACCAUAGUCUUGGCUUUAAAUCACAAGAUUUAGAAAACUGUCUCCUGCUUGUGUUAUUGAAGUUUAGCUGAAGUAUAUGUACAAUUUCUGCUGAGAUAGGGUUAAACCCUGUUUGGAAUCUAAAAGAUAUAUUUCAUGAAAGAGAGGGUAAUGAAGUUAGCAUUUUAACUGUUGAUUGUUGCAUUUGUUCAUAUGUUUGCAUGCUAUAGUUAGCAUUUACUGUUGAAUUGAAGAAAUAAUAUAAUCUUCCCACUGAUUUGCUGAUAACCAAUACCUUGGUUACAAACGAAGGAUGUAUGAAGGUACUGUGUGUCCAAAUUGUCCAUUAUGUCUUUCAGAGAUUUCAUGUGUAAUAAAACCUUAUUUGAAUACAUAA